AUGUCAAGUAAUGACCUUUUAUCCGCUAAAAGAAAUAAUGGGGAAACCAAUAUUGAAUGGAUUAAGAGGAUGAUAGAAGAUGAGCAGAUUUGUUCUAUCGAUCAUUCAGAGUUUGGAGACCCGGUGCAUGUUAGGUAUGGAGGUUCUGGGGUUGUUACAAGAGCCCAGUGGAAGAAGAGGAAUAAGGAAAUUAUCUUAAAACAAAUUGUACCUUAUGAGAGUGCAUUGGCAAAAUCGGAAAAUCAAGAGCUCGCUAAAGAGCUUAAAGCCUUUCAUUCCAUUAAAGAUUCUUUGACAAGUGAAAUAGGUCGCAAUAAUGUGAUUGAGUUUUUAGGUGUAUCAAUAAAUAAAGGGAAUUUCUUCCUCGUAUUAGAAUAUGCAGAUCUCGGUAAUCUACGUGAUUAUUUGAUGCUUAAUAAGACUUUGGAUUGGGAACGAAGGAUUAAUAUUGUACGGCAGGUCACUUGUGGAUUAUAUUUUCUACACAAAAAUGAAAUUUUACACCGUGACUUGCAUAUUGGAAACGUAGUUAUUAAAAGCGACAAAAACAGUAAAUUUGACAUUAAAGUUCUUAUUACCGACUUUGGAGUUUCCAAAGUCAUUACACGUCAAAGCGUAUCGAGUCAGGCAAUCAAAGGAUGUAUCACAUUUAUGGAUCCUUUUAUAUUAAACGCAUUAACUGCAACUUAUGGAGAAAAGUAUAACUACCCAUCUGAUAUAUAUAGCCUUGGUAUGACAAUGUAUGCAAUUUCAAAUGAUAAAUUGCUAGCAGAUGAAAAUAUCCCUGUGAUAGAAUUAGUCAAGAAAAUUAAUGGCAUACGGGAAAAUCCGAUGGCAGAUUCUACUCAAUCAUAUGUUGAUCUUUAUACGAAAUGCAUGGAUGAUGACCCUAAUAAUAGGCCUACAAUUGAAUACGUUUAUGAUUCAAUUCAUAAAGAAGAGAUUAUAUCAGGAAAAAAGUGGGGAGAGACAAUACAAUCGCAAUAG